CUUUACCCACUGGAUACAAGCCGGAACUUGAUUCUACUCCUUUUGUUGAUGAUGAUACUGCUAUUUUCUACAUGCAACUCAUCGGUAUUCUGCGCUGGCUUGUGGAACUUGGUCGUAUCAAUGUCGCCGCCAAAGUGUCUAUGCUCUUGUCUUACAAUGCAAUGCCUUGUGAAGGUCACUUUCAUGCUGCCUUUCAUAUUUUUGCCUAUUUACAGAAGCAUCCUGAUCGUAUACUUGUGAUGGAUUGUGGUUAUGCUGAUCAUCUGAGACCAUUAAAGAAAGCUGAUUACUCACAGUUCUAUGAAUUCAAUAAGGAUGAACUCCCAAGUGACAUGCCUACACCUCUUGGCAAAGCGGUAGAGUUUACUAUUUUUGUUGAUGCAUCUCAUGCUUCUAACGUUGUUACUUGUCAAUCAAGAACAGGGGUGUUGAUCUUUGUUAACAAAGCUCCUAUUGUCUGGUAUUCGAAAAAGCAAAAGAGUGUUGAGACAAGCAGGUUUGGUUCUGAAUUUGCUGUUCUAAAGACAGGUGUUGGAUGA